CAUUGUGUUUCCAGACAAAGUGAACAAAAAAUCUGCCACAAGUCUACCACUUGGUGAUGAAGUCCCAACAGACUUGAAGUCUUUGAAUCCCAAAACGUCCAACGUCAGCUCUCCACAAGAACUAGCUGCAGUGAGUGGUGUGAUCAUUGGAAUGUACAAGGGAAAUAAAGUUGUGGUCAAACCACUACGUGUCAGCAAGCUGAACUUGUCUCGCCAAGUAAUGGUCGAAUUAAAACAGGUCAGAGAACUUACCCAUGAAAACCUGGUGCGUUUCAUAGGGAUGUGCGUUGAUGAACCAAACUACGCUUUGCUCACAGAACAUUGUAUUCGAGGAAGUCUUCGGGACAUGUUGGAAAAGGAUGCCAUGAAUAUCGAUUGGACCUUUCGAUACUCAAUGGUCAAUGAUAUCCUUGAGGGUAUGAAAUAUAUUCACGACAGCUCACUUGAAUUUCACGGUCGUCUAAAGUCAACCAACUGUGUGAUUGACGGACGUUUUAUGGUGAAAAUCACUGACUAUGGCCUGAAAUAUGUACACGAACAGAUUGAUUUAGACACUGAAAUAAAUCCACGAUCCCUCUUUUGGAUGGCUCCUGAACACCUUAGAGAACCUUUUCCUACCAAAACAGGUUCCAAAAAAGGUGACAUUUACAGCUUUGCCAUCAUACUUCAAGAAAUAAUUACUCGAUCGGGACCAUUCAGAUUAGAGGAAAGGCAUGGAACCAACAAGGUUGUUAUAGAGCCUGAAGAAAUUUUGAACCGUGUCAAAAUGGGAACAACGCCACCAUAUCGCCCAGAGAUCGCCAAUGAUGAAUGCUCAGCUGAACUAAUGGACCUGGUUCGCGCUUGUUGGUCGGAACUACCAGGAUGUAGGCCUAGCUUCGCAGACAUUAAAGUUCAAUUCAAGAAAAUCACAAAAGGUGCAUCCAAUCAAAACUUUCUUGAUAACUUGCUGGCCAGAAUGGAACAGUAUGCAAACAAUCUUGAACAGCUGGUCGAAGAGAAAUCUAAGUCACUAAUUGAGGAGAAGAAGAAAACGGAUGAGCUAUUGUGUCAGCUCCUUCCAAGAUUUGUUGCAGAAGAGUUGAAGAAGGGUAAUCACGUGAGGCCUGAAGCCUUUGAAUGUGUGACUAUUUUCUUCAGUGAUAUUGUUGGCUUUACAGCUCUAUCGGCAGAAAGCACGCCAAUGGAGGUUGUUGAUUUUUUAAACGACCUCUACACUUGUUUUGACUCCACCAUCGAGAACUAUGAUGUGUACAAGGUGGAAACUAUCGGUGAUGCCUACAUGGUGGUUUCUGGUUUGCCAGUCAAAAAUGGUAAUGAGCAUGCGCGAGAAAUAGCUCGUUUGUCCCUUGAUUUGCUUGUUGCAAUAGGAAAUUUUAAAAUCCGACACCGGCCUGAGAGAAAGUUGAAGUUACGAAUCGGAAUUCAUUCGGGUCCUUGUGUGGCGGGGGUAGUCGGCCUUAGAAUGCCUCGGUAUUGUUUAUUUGGUGACACUGUGAACACUGCGUCCAGGAUGGAGUCUAACGGAGAAGCUCUGAAGAUUCAUGUGAGCCAUGAAACCAAAACCAUUCUCGACAUUUUUGGAAAAUUUCGUCUGUCGGCUCGAGGAGACAUUGAACUCAAAGGUAAAGGGUUUAUGCGAACGUACUGGUUGGAAGGUGAAGAUACCACACCUCAAAAGGAACCGAUUUCUGAAUAAAGUUCUUCACGUGGACGGUAAUGGGAAGAGGAAUGUUUCCAGUUUUGAAGACUAGAAAACUUGAAAUUAGUACUGAAAAUUUGGUUUCUUAAUACAUUAUGGUUUUUGAAUCAUCUCUAACUUACGAUUCUUGAUGAUAGGGAAGC